CACGUCUGUUUAUUUUCUUUCCACGUGGACGUGCUGCGCGCAACCGCAGGAUUCCUCCCGGAAGUGACGGAAAGGCGGCGAUGGCGGCUCGCAGUUUCAUUCCGGAUUUCCACUGGACUACAAACCGAUUUUAACCACACCGGUUACACUUUGUGGAACUUUUGCAAAGCCCAGUCUCUCCAAGGAGCCGGACGGAGUGAAGUCACGUCGGACCGGUGCUUGCCAGCGAGCCACCCCGCUGCUUAUUCUGCACAUUUGUGUCCUCGGUUCAAGGUGGUCACCCUGUCGAGCUAGCGCUAGCUCGGUGGCUACAAGCUAACUAGCGCUAGUGCACAGCUAGCUCCUGGGCUAGCUUGUCAACGCUGCGUGCUAAGCUUGGCGGCUGAGGCUAAAGCCGGGUUGUGACUUCCACUAGCAGGCGAGUUGUUGGAGCAACUUAAGGGCAAAAGCGUGCCUAUCACCUAAGGAUUGAAGUUGGGCUGCUUUGGGGUCUUUGCGUGCUCGUCAACAUGCUGAAGACCCGGCAAUGUUUACUUGGCAUCCGCACGUUUCUCGGCGUCACGUCGAGAAUAUGGGGCUUCAUCAUGUACAUCCUCAGGAAGCACCUACGGACGAUAAUCCAGUAUCAGACGGUGCGAUACGACACUUUGCCUCUGUCACCUAUCUCCAGAAACAGACUCAAUGCAGUAAAGAGGAAGAUUCUGGUUCUGGACCUGGACGAGACGCUGAUCCACUCUCACCAUGACGGUGUCCUCAGACCCACAGUGAGACCUGGAACGCCGCCAGACUUCAUCCUCAAAGUCGUCAUUGACAAGCAUCCAGUAAGAUUCUUCGUACAUAAAAGGCCGCAUGUUGACUUCUUUUUAGAAGUGGUUAGCCAGUGGUAUGAGCUGGUGGUUUUCACAGCCAGCAUGGAGAUCUAUGGCUCGGCAGUGGCAGAUAAGCUGGACAACAAUAGGAACAUCCUGAAACGCAGAUACUACAGACAGCAUUGUACAUUGGAUCUAGGUAGUUAUAUUAAAGACCUGUCUGUAGUACACGAUGACCUGUCCAGUAUUGUCAUCCUGGACAACUCGCCUGGUGCUUAUCGUAGCCAUCCAGACAAUGCAAUACCCAUCAAGUCCUGGUUCAGCGACCCUAGUGACACAGCACUUCUUAACUUGCUGCCUAUGCUGGAUGCACUAAGGUUCACUGCUGACGUUCGCUCCGUCCUCAGUCGAAACCUCCACCAGCACCGACUCUGGUGAUUGGCUGAAAUCAAGAGGGGGUGGGGCUUGUUGACCAGCCUCUUCCUCUCUGCCGGCUUCCAUCCUGCCCUCCGUUCCCAAACAGGCGACCCACCAGCCCUCUCUGAGCCUCUCAGACUCGUCCUGAGGAGACGAGGGUUGGGGUGACCGCCUAACGCGGGACGAAAAGUAUGGGGUCACCAGAGCCCAGAAACUACUGAGGAGGGUGGGAGGGGCGGCUUUUUUUUUUUUUCUUCUUCUUGAUUCUUUAUUUGUAAUUUUUUUUUUUUCAAAACAAAACGGAGCCUCUCUGCCUUAUUGCUCCUGAUACUGACUGUGUGCGUAUGGAGGAGAGCUUGUGUACGAGAGUCGGAGUAUGCUUGCUGAGUACGUUAGUCCUUUUUAAACUUUUUUGAGAAUCGGGAGGGGGGGAGAGGAGGAGGAUCAGCAAAGCAACAAAGACAAUUCUACAUUAUUAUUUCUCCUUCUUCUCCAUCAUUAUCAAGACAUUGCACUUAAGUGGACAAUUUAUCAAUUUACUGUCUUAACCUCUCGGUGCAACUGAGCAGGGGAAAAUAGAAAAUCGCCCCUUUUUAGAUCAACCUCACACCCUCAACGAUAAUUAAUUGAUUCCUGAGGUACGUUUAUUUUCCCUAAACAACAAUGGAUCAACUCAAACGUUGUAAUCGAUGGACUUUUUGCUUGCUACGUACCAUCCACAGGCAUUUUUCUGGACAAAUAGCCGAGCAGCCUGAGAUUCUUUUUUUUGUUUUGUUUUCAGCCAUAACCAUCACUGUUUCCUCAAAGCUCCAUGUAGAACUCAGUGAUAAAGACUUGACUGAAAAGUGGUGAGGAAAAAAAAAAAAAAAAGGACUGGCUUCUAACGAUAUGUGGACUGCCGUGCCGCCUUUCCAUAUCUGAUUGUUUCUCCAUUAUGAUAUGUGAUAAUAUGACUUUUGAAAAACCACGACAUUUUACUCCCCCCCCCCCUUUUGCCAUCUGAUGCCAUCCUGAUUUCAUCGAAUAGGAAUUGCACUUAAUUUUUAUUUCCCCCCUUCUAUUUUUUGUUGCAGUUGGUUUUGUAUUUGAUUCAAAUUUGCAGCCUUCCUCUUUCAGUUUUUUUUCACCCGCUCCGCUUACUGUAUGGGUUCGACUAUGAGACCCUUCGUCUUUAAAAUGCCUUCUGAACAAUGUCUUGUUGUCAAGGCUCCCACCGGCUUCUUAUUGGCUCUGUCUCCAGGUCUGUGUUACUAAUAAAACACUUGUCAGUAUCGGCCAGUUAUCAUCCAGCUUGUUUUUUAUUUUUUUAUUUUAUCCAAUUUAUUCAGCGCUCUUUGCCAUACUUGAAGCAUAACAUUUUGCAGCUUGUCGACUGAACACCUUCACCGGGGGUGAAAAAGAGCUCAUGUGGAUUCCCACGGUUUCUGCUCCAGGCAGUUUGUUUGUUUUUUUUGCUAAUAAUCUGCUGCCAUCAUGUGGUGUGACGGGAAACUGCAUACGUCUACACAAUAUUCCUACCUUGCUUGAGAGAGAAACAGUAUUAAAUGUUGGUUCAGGUUUUUCCACAAAAAAAACCAAAAAACUCCUCAGUAUCAAACCAGGUAUGAAGGAUUUUUGUCUCCCUUCAAGAAGGUGGCAACAGGGAUGCUCUCUGAGCUUUCAAAUAAAGGCAACUGACAGAGUGUGUGCUUGUUUAAGAGCUAUUGUGUCAUUUACUUGACACCUCAUAGCUUGUAUGUUGAUUUACAAUCAGCUGUCUAAGACAAACUACAACAUGUAACCAUUUAUUAUUUUGGUGGUUUGAAGUCUUUGGUGCUCUUGGGUUGUUUUGCAUUAUACUGACAAGUGUUUCCGAUGUUUUGUUCACCCCAUUUAUAUCAAUGAGCGUAAGCUAGAUAUUUCUUUAUAAUAAGUCCAUAUAAUGCAAUAAAAUUCAACCGCACCACAAGCUACAUCACCGCCAUGAAGAUAGGCAACUGUACUACAGCUGGAGCAAGUGUAUAUUGGUACAUAACAGCUGUUGUUUUCCACUCUACCUCCUCC